UAUCAGUGCCCAUCAGUGCUGCCUAAAAGUUCCAAUCAGUAUCACCUAUCAGUGCCAGUCAGUGCCACCUAUCAGUGCCAGUCAGUGCCACCUAUCAGUGCCAUAUAUGAGUGCUGCCUUUUAGUGCCCAUCAGUGAUGCCUGUCAAUGGUCAUCAGUGCCACUUAUCAGUGCAAGUCAGUGCCACCUAUCAGUGCCCAUCAGUGCCGCCUAUCAGUGCCAGUCAGUGCCGCCUAUCAGUGCCAGCCAUCAGUGCCACCUAUCAGUGCCCAUCAGUGCUGCCUAACAGUUCCAAUCAGUGCUGCCUAACAGUUCCAAUCAGUGCCACCUAUCAGUGC